CUCUGAGGCAUUCGUAGUCGUGGCAGAACCUUUUGAGAGCUGCAGCUUGCUGCUAAACACCAUUCGGCAAAUCUUGGAGGCCAGCACUCAGACACCAGAAGAGUCAAACACAUCGCGGCGCGCACUUAUCCAUAUUAGCGACGGAUUUAUUCAUUUUCAUUCGCUCAGGCUUGAUUAGUUGGAGGAGGCGAAGCGCGAACUAAACAACGCCAAGCGGAAGAAUUUUGACGAACAAAAUCCAACGCGAAUUAAAUAAACGAAUUGUUUCCUUACAAACAACAACAACAAAAAAGAAGAAAAAGUUCCUCUUUCGUCAAAUGCCUUUUUAAUUGCUUAACUGUGUGCCGGUGAUUUAUAUUCACAAACUAAAAAACAUAAGCUGUGAUAUAUUUUUUUGGAGCUGAACUAAAUCGAAUUUGUAAAAAGUUGGGAAACAUGUGGAGAACAUCCAAAAUAUUUUGUUUUUGUUUUUUAAUGGUUCAUUGUGUUUGGGGAGCAACAUUGGAGCCUCCCACCAUUAUACGCACCCUUAACUCUACGGAUGUGGGACCAGAAUUUGUAGCUUUCGGAGGAUCAUCAACAUCCAAUGGCAAUGAAAUGAACUCUGGAAAACCAGUUGAGGAUGCCAAAUAUUGGUACAACAUGGCCCAGAAACAAUUGGACAAAACCAUAAAGAAUGCCAAGAAAAAUCAUGAAGAUGGCUAUAGACGUAAAGCGAGAAAUAUUAUCAUAUUUGUGGGCGAUGGCAUGGGUCUAACGACUAUAACAGCGGGACGUAUCUACAAGGGACAAUAUUUAAAACAUGGAUUUGGCGAGGAGGAAAAAUUGACAUUUGAUGAAUUCCCCUACACAGGUCUGGCCAAGACCUACAAUGUGGACAAACAAGUCCCAGAUUCUGCAGGUACUGCCACGGCUAUGUUUUGUGGCACUAAGGCUGAUUAUGGUGCCAUUGGCAUGGAUGUACACCGUUCCAAGACAGAUGCCAACCAGGGACGUUUGACGUCCAUUAUGGAUUGGGCCCAGGCCGAGGGUAAACGUACCGGUAUAGUGACAACAACACGUAUUACACACGCCACACCUGCAGCUACAUAUGCCCGUGUCUAUCAUCGUGAUUGGGAAUGUGAUUCAGAAGUGCCACCCGAGGCCAAAGGUAUUCACACGGAUAUAGCCCGCCAGUUAAUAGAAAAUUCUCCAGGCAAUAAAUUUAAUGUAAUUUUGGGAGGAGGUCUCAGCCCCUUGGGCGCUCCUAACACGAAUGAAAAGAAAACACAACCAUGGGAAGGUGGUACCGAAAAGGUUUGUAGCCGUACAGAUGAUCUAAACCUAACACAGAAAUGGCUGGAAAAUGGCAGGAUACGAAAUGAGAAUCGUGUAUUUGUUCAAAAUGCAGAGGAAUUGGAAGAGGUUAACUUUAAAAAGGUCAAUCGUUUGCUGGGCUUAUUCCGUAACAAUCAUAUCACAUAUGCCAUAGGCAAGGAAAAAGGAGAACCUUCGCUUAAAGAAAUGACUGAGGCGGCCAUCGAAGUGUUAGAGCGUGAAGAUUCUAAUGGUUAUGUUCUCAUGGUUGAAGGUGGCCGCAUUGAUCAGGCCCAUCAUCAGAACUAUGCUCAUGCCGCUCUGCAUGAAGUCUAUGAAUUUGAUCGUGCCAUUGAAGCUGCCCUCGAGAACACAAAUGCUGAAGAGACUCUUAUACUAGUAACAGCGGAUCAUUCACAUGCUGUGACCCUAAAUGGUUAUCCUAAAAGAGGUUCUGAUAUUUUAGGAUUUGCCAACAAAGCCUCAGAUCCUAUGCCUUAUGAAACCAUAAUGUAUGCCAAUGGCCCUGGUUUUUAUGAUCAUUUGGCCAAUGAUACCUCGCUGGGAAAUAAUCCCAUUAAUUUUUGGAAAAACUUUUCAACCAUAAGCCAGGAACAACGUAAUUCGCUCACAUAUCGUCAUAUGUCUACGGUGCCCCUUAAGGAUGAAACUCAUGGCGGCGAGGAUGUCAUUGUCUUUGCCAAUGGACCUGGUUCGAGUUUGGUACGAGGAGUUUUCGAGCAACAUUACUUAGCCUGGGUCAUGAGCUAUGCAGGUUGCAUGGGUCCAGCAAAGGAUUUCGAUGAAACUUGCCGUAAAGGUGCCCAAAGUUCCGCCAUGCUAGCAGCAAUGCCUUUAAUGACGCUCAUCCUGGCUGUUUGUUUAGUACAGUUUUUUAAGUAAAAUUUUGUUUUGUUUUUCUGUUUUAAGUCUUUAUAAUUAGAAUGUUUUAAUUUGUUGUAAAUAUUAUUUAAAAAAAAUUAAAUAAUUGGCUGUAAAUGUGUAUAAAAUAGUACUUGUUGAACUUAGAAUUAAAAAAGACUUGAAUGAAAAAAAUGCUGUCUUGUCAUUGCAGUA